GUGACUGAACAAAUGAAGAUCAAUUUAAAUGAAGGAUUAUCAAGGGAUUCGGUGAGGGAUUUGAAGUUGGCUGUGCAUUCAAGACUGGGGAGUCUUGAGCUGGUGGAGUUUGAAGCAGAAAGAUUUCUUGGCAUUGUUGACGAUGAAUGGUUUUGCUCCAGAGUUGUUGUAACAACGCCAGAGGCUGAUGUGCUCCUGUUUCCAUGUUACUGCUGGGUGAGCAGUCAAGAAACAAGAGUAUUCAGAGAAGCCUCAGCAAAGCUUAUAUUCCAGGAGACUAGGAGUAAGUCCUUGGAAGACCGAGAAAUGCAGCUAAAAAAAUGCCAGGAGGAAUUCAGAUGGCGUGUAUAUGCGCCGGGGUUACCACAGAUUGUGAGUGCAAAUAAUGCCUUGGCUCUACCCCCUGAGGUUCGGUUCUCUUUCACAAAGGAAACGGAGUUCCAUCUCACACUUGCAGCAGCAUUUGUUCCAGUGAAACUGAACGCUAUGGCGGACAACAGAAGCUCAUGGGAGAGCCUUCAUGAUCUGGAUCAAAUCUUUGUCACCAAAAAGACAAAAGCCUAUGAGUUUGUGCGACAGCACUGGCAAGAGGAUGAAUUCUUUGGCUAUCAGUUUCUUAAUGGCCUUAACCCCAUGAUGAUUGAAAAAUGUUUAGAACUUCCAAAUAACUUUUUGGUUACUGAAGAUAUGGUAAAGUCCUACCUACCAGAUGGCAGUUCUCUGCGAAAAGAGAUGGAGAAUGGUAACAUUUUCCUGUGUGACUACAAGGACUUGAACUGUGUGGUUGGAAAGGAGAAUGUCAUUCAUGACCGUCUGCAGUACUUGGCUGCUCCACUUUGUUUGCUCUACAAGACCUCUGACAAAAAGCUCUUACCCAUUGCCAUCCAGCUAAAACAGGAGCCAGGGGAAGAAAAUCCCAUAUUUCUCCCCUCGGAUAAUCAAGACUGGCUCUUGGCCAAAAUAUUUGUGAGAAAUGCUGAGUUCAACAUGCAUGAGCUUAACUUUCAUUUGCUUCGUACACAUUUGUUGGCUGAAGUCAUUUUCAUGGCAACUGUGAGGCAACUUCCCUCAGCACACCCCCUCUUCAAGCUCCUGGUCCUCCAUUUCCGCUACACUUUACAAAUCAAUAUCAUGGCCCGAGACCAGCUCAUGUCAGAGGAAGCCUUCUUCUCUGAACAUACAGGCAUUGGGUUAAUUGGUUCAAGGAUGUUUUUGAGGAAAGCUUUAGCAACGCUGACAUACAGUUCCUUAUGUUUACCAGAGAAUAUCAAAGUGCGUGGUCUAGAGGAGAUCUCAAACUUCUACUACAGAGAUGAUGGCCUCAAGCUGUGGAAGAUCAUCCAUGAAUAUGUUGAAGGAGUGUUGGGACACUACUACACCUCUGAUGAUUACAUCCAGAGAGACACUGAACUACAGCUCUGGAUCAAAGACAUUUACAAGAAGGCUUUCCUUGAAAGACAAAGCUCAGAAAUACCACAGAGUUUCACCUCUUUAGAAGAGCUCGUCAAGUUUGCCACCAUGAUCAUUUUCACUGUAUCUGUCCAACAUGCUGCUGUCAACAAUGGACAGUUUGAUUUUGGUGCUUGGAUGCCCAACUUCCCCAGUUCUUUGAAGUGUCCUCCUCCUACUUGUAAAGGUAAAGCCAAAGAGAUUGAUGUCCUGGAGACGCUGCCAGACAUUGGCACCACGGUACACACCAUGACUGCUCUGUACCUGCUCAGCCAGAAGUCCUCUGACCAUUACAGCCUAGGUAAUUAUCCUGAGCAGCUGUUUGUGGAGCAAAAGCCACUGGAAUUGACUGAUGAUUUCAGAAGAAAGCUUGAGGUCCUCAGCUAUGACAUCAAAGCCAGGAAUGUUGGUCUUCCAUUGCCAUACACCUAUCUAGACCCAGAGAACAUUGAAAACAGUGUUGCCAUUUAAAAUAUAAAUAAUCACCAGAUUAUCUCAAAACAACAUUUGCUGAUUUGUUUGAUGUUUUCAUAGUUUUUAGUAGUAGUAGUAGUUUUUAUAAAUGCUGUAAACAAAGAGAUGAUAUAGGCUACGUAUUACCCAUCCACAAUGUUAUUUCUUUUCUUGUUAUUGGGGGCCAUUCAGUGAAGCUGAACUGAUAACAUUGUAUUUCUCUAUUUCUUCUUAUAAAUGUGGCUGCCACUGCUGCAGUUGCAAUGCAGUUACAGAAGUAUGCUUAGGUGUCAUCACAUUAUACUUUGUCUGCUGUUGCAUACUUCUGCAUUACACAAGUUUACUCAACAUUUUGUUGGUGUUUGACAGUGUAUAGUGUGCAGACUGUUAAAGUUGUAUUUGUAUAGUUGUAUAGUUUCUUGUUUAUUGAGAAAAUGAGCAAGAAUUUAAUAAACCAUGGUUUGUGGUGUGACAUAAAGAAGAAAUUCACUGAGGAAGCAAACAGAAGAGCCACGUUUUUGAAAGAAAGUUUAGAUUUUUGAACAAAAAAUUAAUCCAACCAAAUACAUAAGACAUACAUUUGUGAAGAUGUAAAUGACCAAAACAGUUUAAAAACAUUUAAUUGAAAGCUAAUAUUUAAAAAAAAAAGUAUCUAUAUAAAAGGAUAUCUUGUAAUACUGGAAUGCAAUAAGUUAUACAGUUACAGUAGUGUGG